GGCUUGCGCUUAGUUGUGUUGUGCUCUCGAGUGCUUACCGUGCAGUGCUCCGUGAAGCCACUCACAGAUGGGCAUCGUUCGAAAUGUGAUUAGCUAGGAUGAUUAUUCAUUUCUAACAAAAUUGAUUGCUAGAAGUUUGACCAUCAUUACUUUUCCGCGGUGUAACACCUGUAAUCAGUUGAUCAAAGCCAACGCUAUCAUCGCUAUUCUAUGAUUAGCUGACGCACGAGCAUUCGUCCUUCUGAUAGCGAAAGGGGCCUGUGUUCGGUUUACUCCAACGGUUUAAUCUAGAAAGCACACAGUAUGGAUUUUCGCAGUGUGUACACAGAGGAUGAGAGCGCCGCUAUCGAGAAAGAAUUCACCCGCUUGAAAGAAAAAUGCUACCUGGAUCACGCCGGGACAACCCUGUACGCCGAAUCCCAGAUUCGGGCGAUCCAGGAGCACCUCACGCAGAACCUAUUCUGCAAUCCGCACACGAGCCGCACAACCGAGGAUCUAAUCGACCAGGUUCGCUACCGUGUACUGAAACACUUCAACACUCGCUCCUCGGAAUAUAGCGUUAUUUUCACCUCCGGCACAACGGCCAGCCUGAAACUUCUGGCCGAAUGUUUUACAUUCGAUCCCCAGGGGGCGUUCGUUUAUUUGAGGGAUAGUCACACGUCGGUGCUUGGUAUGCGAGGCGUCGUGGGAACGGAUCGAAUUUUCCCGAUCGAAAGAGAAGCACUUUUGCGACAUUUAACAGUGGAUGGAAACUCCUCGAACGAGUUCGUGUCCCUGUUGGUGUUUCCUGCUCAGUGCAAUUUCAACGGUGUCAAGUAUCCGCUAGAGUUGGUGGAGAAAAUAAAAGAUCGAGGGCUGAUAAACUGCGAACGGAAUCAGUUUUUUAUAUGUGUUGAUGCGGCGAGUUUCGUCUCCACUAGUUUCAUGGACCUGACGCGCUAUAAACCGGAUUUUGUUAGCUUCUCGUUCUACAAAAUGUUUGGCUUUCCAACCGGACUCGGAGCGCUGCUGGUCCAUCGUGAUGCUGCCCAUCUUCUCCACAAACGCUAUUACGGUGGGGGAACGGUAAAAAUUGCCAUGGCCGGACGUAGUUUUCAUGUCGACCGUGACUCACUGUCGGAGCGGCUAGAGGACGGAACCGUUCCAUUCACUUCCAUCAUUUCGCUUCUGCAGGGCUUCGAAACACUCGAGAGGUUGAUUCCGCCGGUGCGCGGACAGUGUUCGAUGGAGCGUAUAUCCGCACAAACGUUUCUUCUCGGUCAGUACUGCUUCCGCAAGCUGCAAGCCCUACGACACGGCAAUGGGCAGAAGGUGGUUGAACUAUACCACGAUGGGGAUUUCGAGGAUAGCACCGGGCAAGGGGGCAUUGUCAACUUUAACAUUCUCCACGACAAUGCAAGUUUCGUUGGUUUCGCGGAGAUCGCUUGCAUGGCCAGCCUCCAUGAUAUCGUGUUGAGGACGGGUUGUUUCUGUAAUCCGGGUGCCUGUCAGCGACUGCUCAGCUUAACGGAUGACGAUGUUCUGAAACACUACCGCGCAGGUCACAUUUGUGGCGACGCGAACGAUCUAAUCGAUGGUCAACCGACAGGUUCUGUGCGAGUUUCGGUAGGGUAUAUGACCCGAAGAAGCGACGUUGAUCGUCUGGUACAAAUGAUCGAGAAUUGCUACAUCAGAAAGCACAGCUCGAACCGAUUACCACGAUCCCUAAUAGUGUGCAACUACAAAAACUACUGCCAACCCCAGCUUAAGAUGAUUUGCCUGUUCCCCAUCAAAUCGUGUGGUGCCCUCAAAGUGACCACCAGUUGGCCACUCUGCCCGAAAGGACUGAAAUACGAUCGAGAGUUUGUCGUUGUGGACGAAAAUGGCGUGGCGCUGACCCAGAAGAAACUAGCCGAAAUGUGUCUCAUUCGACCGCGAAUAAAUUUGGAAACCAACGAAAUGAUUCUCACGCAUCCGUCCAUGGCGGAUUUCACGCUGGAUUUGGGCUUCUCGGCGGAUGCUAGUGGGACGCAAACCGUCAAGCUAUGUCAAACCAAAGUCUGCCAGGAUAACGUGCAAGCAAUCGAUUGUGGUGACGAUGUUUCCGAGUGGAUAAGUGUCGCUCUGCAGACCUCCGGUCUGCGUUUACUGAAACAAUCCGAUGUAGAAGUUCGUUCCGUUCAAACAUCCGAGCGGGAAAUUUCUCUCUCCAAUCAGGCUCAAUUCCUGCUCAUCAACCAAACCUCGGUUCGUUGGUUGGCGGGGAUGGUUCCCGAUUGGGAUGAUUUGAGGGUGGAACCGUCGCUCGAGUCACUUGUUGAUCGUUUUCGUGGAAAUUUGGUAAUUGAAACGUCGAAGGAGCUGGAAGAAUGCCGGUGGCAACGGGUGAAAAUCGGAGAGAGCGAGUUUAGCGUGGAUGGACCUUGCUCUCGAUGUCAGAUGAUUUGUAUCGAUCAGACGAGUGGCGUAAAGACGGCGGAGCCACUGAGAACGAUCGCUAAGGAGUUUAAGGGGAAAAUGCGGUUCGGGGUUUAUUUAUCAAACUUGAAUUUAAGGAAUAAUUCGGGAGAGGAGCUACUGUACUGUGGGAGUACAAUUCAGGGACUAAUUGAAUAGCUAAUAGUUUAAUCAAUCAAUAUAUUUUUUUAUCAUGUUUUACACAUAUAUGCAAUCACUUUAUUUUGGAGUUACUGAAAUCUUCGAAUAUCACUGCAGAACGCAAUCGGUUAUGGGUUGUUCUUUCACUUUCUUCACUGGUUGGCCCUGCCUAGCGGCGAUCACGUUGGCGAUUACUUCUUCAUAGUCGGGAAAGGCUAACGAACCAAGCUUGGAGUGCACCAAUGUGUCGUUGAUUUGCACUUCGAACGAACCACGGCGGCCGGUUGUGCACUUGACAUGGGCGCCGGGAACGCGUUGUUUGAUUAGACGGCUUAGCUCAAUACAUUGAGGCUUUGAAUUGCAUACCGUGCUGGAAUUAGGAACAAUGUU